CUCCAACUUCACUAGAGGCGUCGGUUGAUCAACCCCAUGCAAGAAAUCUGUUGCAAGAUCCACUUCAAUUUCAUAUGCCUCAGCGGUGGAUUGGAUUGAGUUGAUCGCCAGCUUGAUAGUGUGUGGUCUUGUGGAACACCGCCUGGCAAAUCAUAGGGAACCGAACAAUCCCGUCGAGAGCCAGGCCUUCAACACCCCCAGGUGCUCCGCUACAUAUUCGGCCCGCCGAACGGCCACGAGUGUACCCAUGCGCCGUCUUGAGGUGCGUCAUCAAAGCUGUUCGCCCUCGACAAACAUAGCGCUCUCUAUCAUCAGAACAGAGGAGACAACAAAUUCCGUCCCGAAAAACUGGAAUGUGUGGAAUGGGCUCGGCAUCUGGCAGGGGCUUGACGGUUUGACGAAUCAGCUCUGGUGCUUGAAGAGUGGAAAGUUGAAAGAAUGUGUUUUCGAGGGCUCGUAUGGCCGCGGGAUCGUAUUGGCGGAUAGGACCAUGGUGCAGCUGGACAUGGCGUACAGCAGAGGUGUGCAAGAUGGAUCUGCAUUCUAUACAGAUAAGAAUGUGCCAUUUCGGCUCGUGGCAGAGCAGAUCUUGUAUCCUCAUUGCACAGUUCGAUGCAAGAGUUUUAGGGAGCUUGCAACAUACAAACGAAGCCAGGUCGUCGCGUCCGCUGGUUUACUGAUCGCGUCUCGACGCGUGUGGUCGGGAAGUGGGCCCAUUAGACUUGAACGCCGGGGACUACCGUACAGGGGGCUCGUGACAAUUCAGGGUAGGCGACAAUUAUAAUAUGAGAGUAGGGCGUCGCAUAUUUCGGCCUGGAUGAGAGCCGGGACACCGUAUAGUAUUCGUGACAAUGCAACAAAAAAACCGGAUACCUCGACUGACCAUACAUUGUCCUCACGCGUCAACGAUACGCAGCACUUAGUCGACGGUGAACAU